AUGGAUUCCCUCUCUGCCUCCGAACAACGUGAGUUCCAAAAUGUCAUCGAGAGACGACAGAUGAAAGACUUUAUGCAGAUGUACUCGAAGCUUGUUCAACGAUGCUUCGAUGACUGCGUUAACGACUUUACAUCAAAAGCCGUUUCUUCGAAGGAGGAGACCUGCAUCGGCCGAUGCGUUGAUAAGUUCAUCAAGGCCAGCGAGAGGACAGGACAGCGCUUUGCCGAGCAGAACCAGGCAAUGGUCCAGGGCGGUGGGCCCGGCAUUGGUGGUAGAUAG